AUGUCACAUCCCGGAUCCUCCUCCGAUUGUGAUGGGAACAGUUCCCAUAGAGGUGAACUCUUUGUCUACGUUAUGCGGCUCAUGGCAGAUUAUACGAUUCAGACCCUGGAGGAGCUCUCCGAACUACAGAAUUCCUCACCACAGGUUCUUUCAACGCCACAAAUGGAAAGUGGACACGAAGGGAAAGCCGCACCUUCCCGCACGUCGGACGAGGGGAUAACUUUGGCAUUGGGGGAUAUGGUGGAAUACGGCAGUGAUGAGAUACGCGAGCUUGCCUUUCGAACGAAACGAAUAAAACGGGUUGUGGGCCUCGUAGAGCAGUGGGCUCGUCGUCAGCAGGAGCGUACACGGCAUCGAGGCCAGCAGAGCCACCGAUCUGAUCCCACAAAUACUUCGUGUAAUGAGGAAAUUUUGGGUUUUAAAAGCCAAGACGAAAACGGUUCUCGAUCAGCGGGAUCGAGCGGGUUCACAGUUAGAGCCCACAGCACGGUGGCAAUUCGAGCGAUUGAAAGCCUCCACGAUUGCCUUGUCAGGAUUAAUACGACGGAGGCCCGUCCUGUCGAAAUCACGUGCACAGGCGAGAGCUCCUCCAUGAUUCAACCUAUAGCACGUUCGAGGGGGUUAAUGGAGGCUUCAACUGAGUUGUACAGCACCAACGUGCGAAUGAUGUUUCGCAAGAUGAGUAAAAGUGCGACCAAGUUGAAGAUACAUUCACCUUCCGCGUCCACUACACACUCUAUCGAUGGACUGGAAAGGACGCUGGAAGGCCAAAAGCGUCCAAGAUCUUCGGAUGAUGGUAAAGAGCCCGAAUUGAGUUCUACCACGAUAGGGAACGCAUUAUCGAGCGUAUUCGACGAAAUAUCAUCCUCGCAAAGAGAACAGCGACUCUCCCUUUACGCAGGACGUGUUCCGCUCUUACCGAAGUUGGAUACUUUUGCCAUGGGUAUCGCGUCAAAUUCUUCAAGUUUUAUCUACCUCUCACCCGCGAUUCGGCGAUACGCGGCGCUCAAUCUUUCUGCGGAGAGGCAGAUGCUCCAGCGCGUGUGGCGUGUGACCUGCAAAGCGCAGGUAUUACUGCAGCUUCCUCGACUUCAUCAGGCUGAAGAGGCCUAUCACGAGCAGCUUCGCAACUUGUCGUCGAGGCAGGGGGAUUCAAGUGGCAAAGCCUUGAGAGAUCUCGCCCAACAUCGUUAUUUUCGGUUUGUACACGUCAACGAGGGUGUUAUACGGGUAGAUGUUCAGCAUGGCCUCUUAAUAGAUUUUACUUAUAACUGUGCGGGGGGGCAAUGGGUUGUUUUGAAAUUGCAUUGGAAUAUAUGGGUUCCGACUGCCUCUCUUUGGUUUUCUUCAUCGUUCUCUCCAAACACAACGGAGGAUUCUGCGAGGAAAAGGCUACCGUUUAAGACGCCUGCGGGAAUUUUCGACGGCGGUGCGCACGUUGCUGACAGUGGCAUUCGCGUGGUGUUGCCUCAACGUCAGGACGUGAUGCUGCGUUUUAUACAGAAAAACUUCACCAAUGGCGGCCUAGAAGGUGGUCUGCUUGCUGCGAACCAUUUGCUGUGUACAGUAGUGAUGGAUACCCUGGCAAAGCAAGCAAAGCAGCUUCAGGAACAUUUUUUCGUUUCGCUGCUAAAGGCCUGUUUUAUUGUGGAUAUUCGUCCAGGAUCGCACCUUGCGGUGCAGCUCAGGCUCCCCAUUGCCGACCAUCAGACACAAUCCGAUGGCGGAAAUGCUUCGGCGGUUUUCGUCAACUUGCACAAGUUUUAUCUCACCGCCGGCACGGUGCUGGUGGAGUCGACCUUGACGAGCAGGCGCACUGCGGUCCAUGAAGGCUUGAAUACCCAACUUUUACUAUCCAAUGCGUCUCUUGUUGACGGAAAUAGGUUGCUUGUGAACCUUGAGCAGUGGUUGUGGGAGGGGGUCUUCGCUACUGAUAAUGUUGAUCGAGCAGCACUGCAUUAG